AGUCCAAAUCCAAAACGUUGAAUUAGGGUUUCCAAUCCCAUUUGCUAUAAAUUCUGACCAAAAGAUCACAGUUUUUCCUACUCUUCUUCUCAAAUCUCACUCCCCUCCUCAACAGCAAAUCGAAGGUUCGUACAUAGAAUAAGAUGGCAACAGUACCUGGAAAUCUUGUUUGGGAGAUCGUAAAGAGGAACAACUCUUUCUUGGUUAAAGAGUUUGGAAAUAAUACUCAGAGCGUUCAAUUCAGCAGAGAGCCAAACAAUCUCUACAAUCUCAACUCCUUCAAAUACUCUGGUUUGGCCAACAAGAAAACUGUUACCAUUCAGCCUGCUGGUAAAGAUCAAGCUGUGUUGUUUGCAACCACUAAGACAAGGAAGCAAAACAAGCCCGCAGCUUUGCUUCACAAAUCUGUAUUGAAGAAGGAGUUUAGGAAGAUGGCAAAGGCUGUGCAAAAUCAGGUGGCAGAUAACUACUACAGGCCUGAUCUCAAGAAGGCAGCUCUUGCAAGGUUGAGUGCUGUCAACAGGAGCCUCAAAGUUGCAAAAUCCGGCGCAAAGAAGAGGAACAGACAUGCUUGAAUGUUGGCAAGUGAAUUGAGAAGAGUGUUAAAGCAUUCUACAUUUUCAUGAAACAUGUUUCCCCCUUUUUGUACUCAAGAGUUCAGUUUGGUUAAAGCAUUUAAUGCAUUUUCAAUACACAACUAGAACUACCAUGUUUAUUAUUAUUUCUAAUAGUCUUCAUAGAUUGUUUCUUCACUUGAUACAAAUGAUGAGGAUGGUAUAUUGAUUUUGAUGACUGAUCAAUGACGAAUGAUAAGUGAGGAUUUUGCAUAGAGAAAAA